AGGCCGAGCUGGUGUUUUUCCACUCAGCAGGAUGGGUGAUGCUCAGUUCUCUCUCAUUAGACAACAGACACGAGAGGUCAGGAAGAAAGCGCUUAUAAAUUACCGUUUCUCCCCUCGCAGCCCUGUUAGUGCGCCUUGCCCCUCUUCCCGGGACACAUAGGACAGACCCACGGACAGCUAAGACGCUGGACAGCUACCUGGUCAGAGAGGUGCCGCUGCUACAGGAAGAGAAAAUCCAUUCUGGAGAGACUCUUCUUCAUUGCCUCACCCUAUGGACGAACCAACACUGCCCAUCCACAUUGAGGAGGGGACAGACGUUCCAACGGAAAACAAAAACAUGGCAACAAAGGAGAAAUUGCAGUGCUUGAAAGAUUUCCACAAAGACAUCCUUAAACCUUCCCCUGGCAAGAGCCCUGGGACACGCCCAGAGGAUGAAGCAGAGGGGAAGCCACCACAACGUGAAAAGUGGGCCAGCAAGAUUGACUUUCUGUUGUCUGUGGCUGGAGGAUUUAUUGGAUUAGGCAAUGUUUGGCGAUUUCCAUAUCUCUGCUAUAAAAACGGCGGAGGUGCAUUUCUCAUACCUUAUUUCAUUUUUCUGUUCGGGGGAGGUCUUCCUGUGUUUUUCCUGGAGGUGGCACUAGGACAAUAUACCUCUGAAGGAGGAAUUACAUCGUGGGAAAAGAUCUGCCCUAUUUUCACCGGAAUAGGUUAUGCUUCCAUAGUGAUCGUGUCACUUUUGAAUGUGUACUACAUCAUCAUCCUGGCUUGGGGACUGUACUAUCUAUUCCAUUCUUUUACAAGUGUCCUGCCUUGGGCUCACUGUCACCAAAAGUGGAACACAGAAACCUGCUUGGAAGAUACUCUCAGGAAGAACAAAACACUCUGGUUGUCAAUGAAUACCACUAACUUCACUUCUCCUGUGACAGAGUUUUGGGAGCGCAACGUACUGAGCUUGUCUUCAGGAAUUGAUGAGCCUGGUGUUCUCAAGUGGGACCUGGCACUUUGUCUCCUCCUUGUCUGGGUGAUAUGUUUCUUUUGCAUUUGGAAAGGUGUGAAGUCCACCGGGAAGGUUGUGUAUAUAACAGCAACAUUCCCAUUCGUCAUGCUUUUUGUUCUGUUAAUCCGUGGUGUCACUUUACCUGGAGCUGCAGAGGGCAUCAAGUUUUAUCUUUACCCUGACAUCUCUCGGCUAGCAGAUCCACAGGUCUGGAUAGAUGCUGGGACACAAAUCUUCUUUUCCUAUGCAAUCUGCUUAGGUGCAAUGACUUCCUUGGGGAGCUACAAUAAAUACAAAUACAACUGCUAUAGGGACUGUUUGCUGCUGGGAUGCCUGAACAGUGGUACCAGUUUUGUGUCUGGCUUCGCAAUUUUUUCCGUCCUGGGCUUCAUGGCACAAGAGCAAGGGGUGGACAUUGCUGAUGUGGCAGAGUCAGGUCCAGGCCUGGCCUUUAUUGCCUAUCCGAAAGCUGUGUCCAUGAUGCCACUCCCAACUUUUUGGGCUAUUCUCUUUUUUAUUAUGCUUCUGUUGCUUGGCCUGGACAGCCAGUUUGUUGAAGUUGAAGGACAGAUCACAUCAUUAGUUGAUCUGUACCCAUCCUUCCUAAGGAAGGGUUACCGACGGGAAAUCUUCAUCGCUAUAAUAUGUUUCCUCAGCUAUCUUCUGGGACUAACUAUGGUGACUGAAGGUGGCAUGUAUGUGUUUCAACUCUUUGACUACUAUGCAGCUAGCGGUGUAUGCCUUUUGUGGGUUGCAUUCUUCGAAUGCAUUGCUGUAGCCUGGGUUUAUGGCGCUGAUAAUUUUUACAAUGCCAUUGAAGAUAUGAUUGGUUACAGGCCCGGUCCCUGGAUGAAAUGGAGCUGGAUUUUCAUCACACCAGUUCUCUGCGUGGGGUGCUUUGUCUUUUCUCUGGCUAAGUAUACACCUCUGACCUACAACAAGAUGUACAUAUACCCUGAGUGGGCAAUUGGCUUGGGCUGGAUUCUUGCCCUCUCCUCUAUGAUCUGCAUCCCGCUGGUUAUGGUCAUCCGUAUUAUGCAGUCAGAUGGCUCUCUCAUUGAGAGGGUGAAGGCAGUGGCUGCCCCUCGUGAGGUGACUCGCUGGGAGAAAGAAACAGAGAGUGCUGUCCCAUUCUGCCCUCCUGGAAUGGCCAACGGUGAACUGAUCAAGCCAACUCAUAUCAUCGUGGAGACAAUGAUGUGAGCUCUCUCUGUGAGAGGAAGACGCCUGCUUUAAAACUGCCGUUUACUAACCAUAGAAUCUCUCAUAGGACCAGGUUUACAGAGCUUUAUAUUUGCACUAGGAUUUAUUUUUAUUUCUCACAGAGAAAGUUAUUUUUGUGUGUUCAGUUUUUAUUUUUUAAUAUUUUGUAAAGUAAAUCACAGUGGAUGCCUCUUGCUCUAUUUAGAGGCAGAGCUUUCAUAUCAAAUUAGGCACACUGCAGGAGUUUACUUCCCCCACACACACACACACACAAUGUAUCUAAUGCCUAUUCAUGAUACCAGUUUACCACUUGAGUUGAUUUUCUUGCCAGCAAUAUAUACAUGGGCUGCAAUCCUAUGCACAUUUUCUUGGGAAUACGCUCCAUUGAACAUAGCGGGACUUACUUCUGAGUAAACAUAUAUAGGAUUAUGCCAAUACAUACAUAUGUAAAUAUAUGCAUAUACACGUCUCAGAUUUCUUUAGGUGCUGGUGUGGUUGGGAACGGUAAAACCCAAAACUUAAAAAAGUAAAUAUCUCACAGGAGAAAUAAGCAUUAAAAAAGCAAAUGUUAUUUUAAGAAACUGGUUUUCAAAGGUGUAACACUAUCUUCCUCUGGUUCAAGUGGGGAGAAUUAGAACAGGAAGGGUACAUGCUUAUAUGCUUGUUGUGGUCCAUGUAAAAAUAUAUAGAUAUAGAUAUAUAUUUGUGUGUUUAUAAUUGGAAAUGUUGCAAUAUGGUGUGGGAAUUGGGAGCAGUUUGGAACUAAGGGAACAAUCCACCCAACAGCCAACUCUGAGUAGCUUUCACGUGAAAAAAAUCUGUAAGCUAUAAGAGGGUGGUAGAACCAUUCUUGUUUGGGAGACAUUUUGCCAGACAGUACCCUCUCAGGGCCACUUUCUACAGCCCAUGAGUCUUCUCCCAAGCUAGUUCUAUGUCUAAUAACCUAACACAGGAAGAGUUUAUAUAUAGGCUUCUGAGAUAGAUGUGUGUACGUUUGAGUAGCUCUACUGCCGCUGGCAUAGCAGAGCUUCUCUGAGAAGCUGCCACGUGUCCAAAUCCUUCUUGCAUUACAUGUAAAUUAACUUAACAGGCAACACAAGUGACUGAAUAAUGUAAUGUGGGAAGUGGCCCCCACUUUUUUUUACAGGCUGUACUCAAGAAAUGAACUGGCUUUGACUUGAAUUUUCUUAGAAUGUUUGGUUGGUGUCAAAGAGCACAUAUAAAUGCUGCAUUUACAAGAAUGCUGCAAAAGUGCUGUGCAAUUCUAAAACAUUUUUAAAACCCCAAAUUUGCCAAAAUUUAUCGUUAUUAGGACACAAAAAGGAGUGUUGGGCCUGUAUCAUUCAAAGCAGUUCAGUUGCAUAUCGCUUGGUCCAAAACCCGAAAAUGGCCACUAGGACCACUGCUGAGGAAGCUACUGCAGGAGGAUUAUUCAGGAGUGCAGAUGAUCUUGAUCCUAACAGGCAUAUAAGCAGAAUCAUCAUUUGUAUCCUACUGGGAUAAGCACAAGAAGAUGAAGUGAGCUACAAAGGUGUUUUAGUUCAGAUGAGGCAUGGAACAACUGAACAGGAUUUUCAUCUAUAAACCAAAUGUUUAGAACUUUUCCACUUACCUCCAGAAAUAAGGAUUUGCUUCUGGAAAACCCGCCUCAAAUUUGACCAAACCCUGGUUUUUAUCAUCCUCCAAGUUUCAUGUUGGAUAAAGGCUCUAGAUCCUCCUAUAUGGGCAUUGGAUCUUGGGGGACACCCCCCUUUUAAGUGGGUAUUGGCACUAAAUACAAUAUGGGCAGGAUUGUAAGCCAGAAAUACCUGUGUAUCUAUUGCCAGUUUCAUCUGUCAGUGACAGAUACUGUAGUUUAAACUGGAACCUAGCCAGUAUUUUAAAACAUUCCUAAGUACUUUAAAAAAAACUAAGAAAAUGUCUGUGUCCCAUUCUCUCAUUGGCCACUGCAUAUUGGUAAUGCACGUGUUUGCUAAGUCAUGUCAGUUUUUAUAUGAAAUGGAAACAACAAAUUUAAAUAAAAAGGACCAAAGCACAGUUACUUCAAGUUUCUUGUAUAGCUGACAUUUUUUUGUAGAUAGAGUCUGAGAUUUAUUUAAUGUGACAGAACUGAACUUUGAGUACACACAAGUGGCCAAGGUCAGGGCAUUCAUAUUCCAGUUACCAUCCUGCUAUAAGAACCUUAAGUCAAACACUUCCAGAAUAUACAGUGACAAAAUAGUAUCAUCAUAAAAUCUGGUCCUGUGCACAUGGUAUCUUCCUGAAUAAUGACUAAUUAAAAAGUUACAGGAAAAUGAAGGAGGCCAAGGGAAAGGUGAUGUUUCCCUUAAAUUCUGCUAGGUCUGGAGGGCACGUGUAAUCAAAAUCCUAUUGCUAUCCAAAGUGGGACCCCCAUUUGAACACAGGUCAGACUUGCAAUGUUUCUUUCAUGCUAUUGGGGGCAAUGAGGAGUUGGAUCAGAAACAAAUCUUAACUGUUUAGACCCUUGACUCCUAGUGCAUGUUGCACUAAAGAUAGUCCAGUAUACAGUUCCUUGCAAAAGUACUCGGACCCCUGACCAAUGCUCUCAUAUUACUGAAUUACAAAUGGUCCAUUGCAAUUUCGUUCUGUAUGAUACUUUAAAAUACUGAAACUCAAUCAAUUAUUGUAGGGUGACAUUGGUUUUAUGUUGAGAAAUGUUUGUAAGAAACAAAAAACUGAAACAUGUUGCUUGCAUAAGUAUGCAAACCCCACACAUUAAUAUUUGGUAGAGCCACCUUUCACUGCAAUAACAGCUUUAAGUCUUUUGGGAUAGGUAUGUACCAGCUUUGCACACAGUGUUGGAAGGAUUUUGGCCCAUCCUUUUUGGCAGAUUCACUCCAGGUCAUUCAGGUUGGUUGGACGUCACUUGUGGACUGCACUUUUCAAAGAGCACCACAGAUUCUCCAUGGGAUUAAGAUGAGGACUUUGACUGGACCACUGUAGAACUUUCACCUUUUUGUUCUUGAGCCACUCCAAUGUUGCUUUGGCAUUGUGCUUGGGAUCAUUGUCCUUCUGAAAAGUGAAUUUCCUCCCAAGCUGUAGCUGAAGCUGUGGCUUCUCUCACAAGACUCCUUAUUGUUCCACUUGAGUUUUGAGAGACAGCCUUUUCUUGGCAGUGCCUGGGUGGUGUGAUGCAGCUUCCACUUCCUGAUGAUUGAUCCAACUGAGCUCACUGGGAUAUCCAAACACUUAGAUAUUAUUUUGUACCCUUUUCCUAAUCUAUGCAUUUGUAUUAUAUUAUUUCUCACUUCCGUAGAAUGCUAUUUGGUCUUCAUUUUUCUUCAGAUCCACAGCCUGACCAAUGAUCCUUCAACAGUGGGGUUUUUAUCCUGACAAUGUGACACCAACUUUAAUGGUGGAGGCGAAUGGUAAGGUAACUGUGUCCUUGAUAGGGUAAUUUCUUUCAUCUGUGUAAACUGGGAGCUUCCACGGCACAGGGAUUGAAUAUUUAUGCAAGCAACAUUUUCAGUUUUUUAUGUUUCUUCCAAACAUUUCCCAACAUAAAACCAAUGUCACCUUGCAAUAAUUGAUUUUGAGUUUCAGUGUUUCAAAAUAAAAUAUCAUACAGAACAAAGUUACAAUGUACCAUUUGUAAUUCAGUCAUGUGAGAGCAUUGGUUAGGGGUCUGAUUACUUUUGCAAGGCACUGUAUUUUGAUAAAUAAACAACCUCAGGAUUUCAAAAGUAGCUGAUGAACCAGGCGCAGUUAUAAUCAACCGGGGGAUAUUUUCAGGACAUAUUGUGGGAGGAUGAAUUUCCAGAACAAAACCAGAGAAUCAGUUUUGUGCCUUUUGAGUUCCAGCUAAGGAAGAAGAGUACUCAGCUCUUGUGAGGGUAAGCUGUGCCAUUAGAAUCAGUUACUUCCAUGUUGAAGGUGAAAAGAGUUUUUAGACAUGUACACAGUGACCUUAAAAGGUACACUGGUUAGUUAGUGUAACAUAAAAGUAAAGCCUGGAUCAAAUUGUCAUUUAACACACCAAAACUCAGUCCAUUAUCCCUAGGUUUUCUGUUCCAAGUUACACAUUUUCACAUUAAAAAAAUUCUGAAUAAUAGAAUGUGGUAAAUCUGAAUGUCAGCAGUAGAUUCUGCCAAAUUCAAGGGACUGGGGUGGGAGUGGGGUAGGGGAAGGUUGUAAACAACUGUUUGUAUUUUCUACUUAUUUAUGAUUGCAAAAAUACUGAUUUUUUUCAUAAUUUACUUUGUAGAAAUUUGUGCCUAUUUUGUCUGUCAUUUGUAACUAAGAAGUUAAAUAUUCAGUAUUGUAACUGUCUGUUGGUGAACUGAUUUGGAUUCAGGGAGACUGGGAAGGGAGGGUGGAAUAACAUAAAUGUUUAUUCAAAUAAGUAAUUGCAUUUCCAAAAAAGAAAAAAGUGGGGGGUACAGGGGGAGAAUGAGAGCAUACCUUGAAUGCUUAGUGGUCUGGGGAAAGUGGCAUGUUCUCUAAACAGUGUUCUUGAUUUGGAUGAAUUCCAGAAAUGUACACAUGCUGAUGCCCAGUUAGAAUCAGAUGGACAUGCAGACAUCUGCAGCCAGCAGUUGCAGAUCUGGUUCUGACCAAAGCAGUAUCCAGAGUUAUCUGGAAACCUUUGUUUAAGAGAAGGACACAUCGUCAAAUCUUUCAACAUUAAUUCAUCAUCAGCCAUGAUCUCAUUGAGGAGGUAUCAGUUAAUAAUGAUAUAACCAACAGUACAUAUUUACAAAAUAUUUAUACACAUUGUAAAAGAGAAAAAAAUUGGCUUAUGCUGAUUAUUUACAUCUUGCUCCAAAUCUUUGUAUGUGAAUGUGAUCAUAUUGAGCCCACAAGCCAGAAUAAGCAUCAGAAUCAGAGCACAGAUGUUGUGAACAACUGAAAACCUGGUUUUGUUAUUUGAGCAUCAACAGCUGGACAGUUGUUGAGGCAGGCCUAGAGAGGUGGAUAGAAGAGGACAGAUAGGCUGACAGAAGGAAACCUGCAGCUAAUUGGUGCAGUGGGAGUGAGUGUGUGCUCUUAUGGAAACACAAAACACUGGUUUGCUUUAAGCUUUAAAGAGUGAUAAUUUCAUUUUUAACUUAGUGUGGCCCUAACCUUUGUUGGGUACCAUCAUGUGUAGUGGGACAUUCUUCUGAGUAAUAUGCAUAGGCCUGCACAACAGUCUUCAUUUUCAAAUGCUACUGGAAAUUCAAAGAGGCAAGAAGCGUUUCAGGGCUGUAUCCAGCUGUGCCCAUCUACUGAUUGACAAAAGGCUGUUUUCUCCAGUGGAGGCUUCCAUGAGUGGAAAUAGAGGGAGAUGAUGUUUGAAAAUUCGUUCUUCCUCCUGCAUCCAC